AGAGAAGGCAACAUUGUACUCAGGUCAAUUUGGUAGAUAUUCAUUUCGUAUGGCUAGUGCUAAGAUGCAUGAUGUAGUGAGAGAUAUGGCUAUUACAAGCAUUGGUCCUGAAUUUGGAUAUAUGAUAAAAGCUGAAAUGAAUUUGGUAGAGCUACCAGAUGAGCAUGGUUGGGUAAAAGAUCCUAAGAAGUUGUCUCUAAUGGGAAAUAACAUUUUAAAAGUUCCCCUUAGUCUACCCCCAAAGUGUUUGAGCCUUUCGACUUUGAUAUUAUCAAGUAAUCCUAAUUUGUCAGAGAUUCCAGAAUCUUUUUUUAGAGAGAUGCUUGCUUUGAAGGUUCUUGAUCUCUCUAACACUGCUAUUGAGACUCUACCUAAUUCCAUCUCUAAAUUGGAGAAUCUAUCUGCCCUGCGAUUACAGCAUUGCAUGAAGUUAAAGUACUUGCCUUCCUUGGCAAACCUCAGGGGAUUGAAGAAGUUGGACCUACACGAGGCAGGGAUUGAGGUAGUCCCUCAAGGCAUGGGGAUGUUGAUAAGUAUUGAAUAUCUUGAUUUGUUAUUUUGUCAAAAUCUUAAAGAGAUUCCAACAGGAAUAUUACCUAACCUUUCUAGUCUCCAGUACUUGGGAGUAUGUUGUUUAGAAACUACAAUAAUAAGAAAUUUAGAAGAGAUUGCUAGAUUCAAGAAGUUGGAGACUUUAGAAUGUCAAUUUGACAGCAUACAAGAUUUUAAUCAUUUUGUCAACAAGUUCAAAGAUUUCCAAGAUGCUAUUGGUUACAGUCUUGGAGUUGGGACAGGAAAAGACAUGAUGAGAUGGAGCAAAUAUGAGCUUGUAAUUAAUGAAUGCGAGAUCGGGGAAGAAUGUGUAGUGCUUCCAGAUAACCUUGAGGAUUUGUGGAUAAUUGGGGGUAGAAACAUGAGAAGCAACUUAAAUAGAACAGUUAUGUUAGAAAUGGAAGCAAAUGAGUUGAGACGAUGCCAUAUUUUUUAUAGUGAAGAGAUAGAGUGCGUGGUUGAGUUGGACUCAUCCUCCUCCUCCUCCUCAUUGUGUUGUCCAAUACUUGAUAAGCUUGAGCUGCUGCAACUUUGGGGAUUGCCUAAGUUAUGUGAACUUGUGAGAGUGGAAGAGGCAGCAACACCACCACACAUCUUUUCCAAUCUUAAAAAACUUAUAAUACAACAUUGUCUUGGAAUAAGGAAAUUGCUUCCACUUAAGCUACAACAGGCCUUCCAAAACUUAGAGGAGAUUCAUGUUGAAAGCUGCUACCAAAUGGAGGAGAUAAUAGCAUCAUCAGAUUCAGAUGCAUCAUCGGAUAAAUUCACUUUUCCCAAGUUAAAGGUAUUGUCCCUGUUGUUUUUACCUCAACUGAAAAGCAUUUGCAAUGCCAAAGGAGUUAUGGUUUGUGAUUCAAUUGAAGAAAUUAGAAUAUGGAGAUGUCGGGAGUUAAAGAGGAUCCCUGUGCAGUUUCUCCUACUUGAUAAUGGCCAACCAUCUCCUCUUCGUCUCAAAGAAAUCAAGAUAGAUGAAGACUCAAAAGAAUGGUGGGAAUCAGUGGAGUGGGAUCAUCUCAAUGCUAAGAACCUCCUUAACCCUUUCUUGAAAUAUUUUGCAUAUCCGUGGGAUUGAGGUGUUGAUUGAUUUACUACUAUUUAAUUCUAAUUUGAAUUUGAUUUGAUAAUAUGUUACAAUAAGCUAUUGAAAAUUUGGGAAAUAAUUUGUGUAAUGUGAAAUGAAGAGUUGUAAACUGC